CAGCCCAGAAGAAGAGCCAGGGUGGGUAGGGAAAGAAACAAAACAGGACGCAGGCCUUGAAUAAAUUCAAACUCCGACGUGGUCAUUAUAAAGUAAAACCAUCAUUUUGAGCUGGCGUGUACCACAGUGACGUAUUUCAUCUUGACAGAGCCCAUGUUUUGAGAAUUCUGCUGGCAUCCAUUUGCUCCACGGGGUCAUCAAGGGGACCUGUUUUGAAGAUGUGGACGAUGCAGCUGUGGAAGAUCCUUGAAGAAUCCUUCCAGUAGUGUAUGCAGGUCUCAACAGAAACAGGCUGGAGCCAAGAGAAUAAUCAAUUCAUGACUUCCCUGGAUGUAAAGCGUCGCCAGGGUACUGCAGACCUCAUACACAUGAGUGCUGUUUUCUCCUCGAGCUGGGCCCAGCGCCAUGCCUGAUCGGGACGGCUCCUACCUGUCAGGUGGUGGUGGGAGUGGUGGGAAUCUGAGCGAGGAGGGAGGACCGGGCUCUGCUUGCGCUGCAGAGGGCAGAGGAGGUUCAGGAGGAGGGGUUGGUGGCAUGGGAGGAGGAGGGGCGCUAGGCAAUGGAAAUAAUUGUGGUAAUGGUGGCGGUACUGUGCAAGGCGCUGGACUGACACCGGACGGGGUCUGCAGGGAUUUCAUACGCAAUGUCUGCAAGAGAGGGAAGCGUUGUCGCUUCAAGCAUCCCGACUUUAAUGAGGUACCGGACUUGGGGGUGCAAAAGAAUGAAUUCAUCUUCUGCCAUGAUUACCAGAAUAAAGAGUGCUUGCGCUCCAACUGUCGCUUUGUACAUGGAUCUAAAGAGGAUGAGGACUGUUAUAAGAAAAGUGGAGAACUGCCACUUGGACUCAGAGGAAAGGUUGCAGCACGACUUGGCCUCUCACCAACGGAUCUGCCGCAUAGCAGGGGGGAGGUCCCAAUCUGCAGAGACUUCCUGAAGGGCGAGUGCCAGAGGGGCAAUAAGUGUAAAUUUCGCCAUGUCAAAAAAGACUAUGAAUAUGAACCUGCCAGGGUGGGAGGGGGUGGUGUGAUCGGGCCUGGUGCAGGUGGAAUGGUGAAUGCAGGAAGUGGUGUAGGUGGUGGAGGAGGUGGAGGGGGAACAUGUGGGGGGAUUCCAGGACUUGUAGGAGGUGUGAGUGGCAAUAAUAUCAUGGGGAUGGGCUGCCCAAGUUUGGGUGGUUGCAGAGAUCCAAGCCUGGCUGGAGUCGGGGGUGUUGGUGCGGGAGGAAUCAGUGGCUGUCUAGCAAUAGGUCCCUCUGGACAGAGGCGGUACGACAGGAGUUCGCUGUCGGUGUACGACCCCUUGCUUGAGAGCGGGCUCUUUGAUUCCACAGCAUUGGACAGCUCACUGGAGCACACUGCUCUUCAGAUCAAGAGGCGGCGGCUGGAAGGCCUGCGACUGGUAGACGGCAGCGUCGGUGGACACUAUGACCUCGGAGUCCAGGCCACCUUGCCCACACGGUCUCUAGAAUACAGGUUCUUGGAGGAGGAAAACAACCUGCUGAGGAAGAGAGUGGCAGAGUUGAAGAAACAGGUUUCCAACCUUAUUGCAACAAACGAGGUUCUCCUUGAGCAGAACGCCCAAUUCCGAAGUCAGGCUAAAGUGAUGACGCUGUCCUCCACGCCCUCCCCCGCUGAGCAGACUCUUUCAGCCCCUGUGGGUGCGGUCAGCUCAUACAAUCACAGCAUCGCCCAGACUCACACCACGCUGAGCAGCACCGGGCUGCAGCCUCGACCCGUCACCCAGCAGGACCUGGUGGCGCCCACCGGCGCCCCUGUGGCGCCCCCCACCAACGCCGCACCCCAGACGGCGCCGCCCCCUCACCUCAACCCGGAAAUCACCCCGCUGUCGGCUGCUCUCGCGCAGACCAUCGCCCAGGGGAUGGCGCCUCCUGUUUCUAUGGCGCCGGUGGCCGUGUCCGUGGCUCCGGUGGCCGUGUCCAUGACGCAGCCUCUGCCGGGCAUCACCAUGAGCCACGCCACUACGCCCAUGGUGUCGUACCCAAUCGCCAGUCAGAGCAUGAGGAUAACCACUCUGCCUCAUAUUACCUGAUAAAUGGUCAUAACAUGGCCUGAAGCGUCCUCUAUGGAGAUUUUAAAACUGACUCUAUUGGGGCCACAUUGAAAACAAAGAAAUGAUAUAACAAUACAAGAACAGGACUUGAUUGAAAGUAAAUUAUUUCAAGAAUAAAGUUGAAAUAAUACAACUAAAUUUGCUCAUCAUUUCCCUUUUGUUCGGUUUGUUUGAUCAUCAGCCCCCAAAACCCUUUAAACAAUUAUUAAUAUUGCAGUAUAUGAUUGAGAUAUGAUGGGUAUCUACAGUAGUUGCCUCUGGUGGCUGCUGGUCUCAGACCGAUGCCUUUGUUUGCAGUUAAAAAUACAGCUAUUCUUGGGGAUUAAAAAAAAAUCACUUCGUCUCAAUAUUUUUUUUAUUCCAUUUUUUUUCUUGUGUUGUUGUCGUGUAACUGAAAUUGUUCUUGUAAUUCUGCUAUAUAAAAUUCUUUUCAGUGAUGUGA